UCCAGGCGGAGAUCGAGGCUCAUAAUGAUGUCUUCAGGAGUGUGGAUGGGAAUAAGAUGAAGAUGGUGAAGGCUCUGGGGAGCUCAGAGGAAGCAGUUUUCCUCCAACAGAGGCUGGAUGAUAUGAACCAUCGCUGGAACGACCUGAAGGCCAAAUCAGCCAAUAUACGGGCUCACCUGGAGGCGAGUGCUGAGCGCUGGAGCCGUCUUCUGUCGGUGCUGGAGGAGCUGGGCCGCUGGAUCAGUGUGAAGGACGAGGAGCUGAACAAACAGAUGCCCAUCGGAGGAGACGUGCCCACAGUGCUGCAGCAGCAGAGCCACUGCACGGCUCUGAGGGCGGAGCUUAAGGAGCGUGAACAUGUGGUUCUCAGCACAUUGGAUCAGGCGCGCAUGUUUCUGGCCGACCAGCCCAUCGAAGGACCCGAAGAGCCACGCAAGAACCUGCAACCCAAAACUGAGCUGACCCCGGAGGAGAAGGCCCAGCGGGUGGCUAAAGCGAUUCGUAAGCAGACAGCAGAGGUGGGCGAGCGCUGGGAGAGGCUGGUGGGACACGCGGGGACCUGGCAAGAGCAGGUGGACCGAGCGCUGGAUAAACUCCAGGAUCUCCAGAGCUCCAUGGACCAACUGGACCUGCGCCUAUCCCAGGCCGAGGAGCUCAAGGCAGGCUGGCAACCCGUGGGAGACCUCCUCAUAGAUUCCCUACAGGAUCACAUCGAUAAAACAACGGCGUUCCGUGAAGAGACGGCUCCUCUGAAGCAGGACGUCCGAGCUGUGAAUGAUCUGGCGGGUCAGCUGACCCCGCUGGACGUCCAGCUGUCCUCCAUCUCCAGCCGUCAGUUAGACAACCUCAACAUGCGCUGGAAACUCCUGCAGGCGGCUGUAGAGGACAGGUUGAAGCUCUUACAGGAAGCGCACAGGGAUUUUGGACCCUCUUCUCAACACUUCUUAUCCACUUCGGUGCAGUUGCCCUGGCAGAGAGCGGUGUCCCAGAAUAAAGUGCCCUACUACAUCAAUCACCAGACCCAAACAACAUGUUGGGACCACCCAAAGAUGGCAGAACUGUACCAGUCAUUGGCGGAUCUCAACAACGUACGGUUCUCGGCGUACAGGACGGCGAUGAAGCUCAGACGAAUGCAGAAAGCUCUCUGCCUGGAUCUUCUGGGCAUGUCCGCAGCCUGCGAGGCCUUUGAGCAGCACAACCUGAAACAGAACGAGCAAUUCAUGGACAUCAUGCAAGUGAUCAACUGUCUGACCAGCAUCUACGACCGUCUCGAGCAGCAGCACAGCAGCCUGGUUAACGUGCCUCUGUGUGUGGACAUGUGUCUCAACUGGCUGCUCAACGUUUAUGAUACAGGACGAGCCGGAAAGAUCCGUACCCUAUCCUUCAAAACAGGAAUAAUCUGUUUGUGCAAAGCUCACCUUGAAGAUAAGUACAGAUUUUUAUUCAGAGAGGUGGCCAGUGCCACAGGCUUCUGUGACCAGCGGCGCCUCGGCCUCCUCCUGCACGACGCCAUUCAGAUCCCCAGGCAGCUGGGUGAGGUGGCUUCUUUCGGCGGGAGCAAUAUCGAGCCCAGCGUGCGCAGCUGCUUUCAGUUUGUGACCAAUAACAAACCAGAACUAGAGGCUUCAGUCUUCCUGGACUGGAUGCGUUUAGAACCUCAGUCGAUGGUUUGGCUUCCUGUCCUUCACCGUGUGGCGGCCGCUGAGACAGCAAAGCACCAGGCUAAAUGCAACAUUUGUAAGGAAUGUCCUAUUAUUGGCUUCAGGUACCGAAGUUUAAAGCACUUUAACUAUGAUAUCUGCCAAAGCUGCUUCUUUUCUGGCAGAGUGGCUAAAGGUCACAAGAUGCAGUACCCUAUGGUUGAAUAUUGCACACCGACGACGUCAGGAGAGGAUGUGAGAGACUUUGCCAAGGUGUUAAAGAACAAGUUCAGGACAAAGCGCUAUUUUGCCAAGCAUCCUCGCAUGGGUUACCUACCCGUCCAAACCAUCCUUGAGGGAGACAACAUGGAGACUCCUGUUACACUGAUCAACUUCUGGCCUGUUGACCAUCCGCCGGCAUCUUCCCCUCAACUCUCCCAUGACGACACCCACUCACGCAUAGAGCAUUACGCUAGCAGGCUAGCUGAAAUGGAGAACCGAAAUGGCUCGUAUGUGAAUGACAAUGUAUCGCCCAAUGAAAGCAUGGAUGAUGAGCAUCUGCUGAUCCAGCACUACUGCCAGAGUCUGAAUCAAGGCUCUCCUCUCAGCCAGCCGCAGAGCCCCGCUCAGAUCCUCAUCUCGAUGGAGACUGAAGAGAAGGGAGAGCUUGAGAGAGUGCUCAACGAUCUGGAGCAGGAAAACAGGAAGCUGCAGGCAGAGUACGAUCGUCUGAAGAAGGCACAUGACCACAAGGGUCUGUCGCCAUUGCCCUCACCCCCACAGAUGCUGCCCGUCUCACCCCAGAGUCCACGAGACGCUGAACUGAUCGCUGAGGCUAAACUACUGCGACAGCACAAGGGACGUUUGGAAGCAAGAAUGCAAAUCCUGGAGGAUCACAACAAACAGCUGGAAUCACAGCUCAAACGCCUUAGACAGUUACUUGAGCAGCCACAGACUGAGUCCAAGGUGAAUGGCACUGCCCUGUCCUCCCCCUCCACUGCCUCUCCGAGAUCUGACACCAGCCUGGCCUCACUGCGUGUGGCCGCAAGCCAAACCACAGAGACCAUGGGUGAUGAUGAGCUGUCCAGUCCCUCCCAGGAUGCAAGCACUGGAUUAGAGGACGUCAUCGAGCAGCUCAACAAUUCCUUCCCUCACAGCCAAGGUCCUAAUGUGGGAAGUCUUUUCCACAUGGUUGAUAACAUUGGACAUGCCAUGGAGUCAUUGGUUAACGUAAUAACUGAGGAGCGGGAAUUAGACUGAAGAUGUCUUCUCCUAGUUGCAUGCUUUUGUAGUGUCAACAACUGGACAGGAUAUGUUUACAAUGGGAAUAUAAAUAAAAAUCUAUUUUUCUGAAGGA